AUGACGACGUCAGCUCCUGGUGCACUGCACGCUCGCGUGCACAAGCUUCUGGGAUCCCAAGCAGAGCUUGAAGAAACUAAGACUAUUCUACAAACGUUAGUAAAGGAUGUUUCGAACUCUAGUACUUCACUCGUGCAGUUAGAAACGUCCGCAAGCUCGGGAAUGCCCACGUUAGCAACUUUGCGGCGUAAUUUACGCUCUAAUUUAGAAACGCAACAAUUGGCGUUGGCUCAAAAGGCUUUGGUCAAUUUAGAACACAUUUUAGAACAAGUUUUAAAUUUGACUACUCAAGUAGACGUGUUGGACUAUAAAUGUGAACAGGUGUACAAAUUUUUAGAAACUACUAAAACCGAGACACAGCAAGCACAGACCGAGGCAGCGGCUUUAGCGACGACAAGGGACACGAUGCAAGAGCAGUGGAAGGAGACCAAGGCAUUUCUAGAUCGGUAUCAAUUAACAGAGGAGGAAGUGCACAUGUUGUAUGCCGAGCAUUUAGUAGACGAAGAGAUGGAGACUUUUUUUAGUACUCUGGAGCGAGUUCAGCAGAUUAAAGAGGACUGCAAAGAGCUAGCAGCGAUAAAAGACGUUACUUGCGGAUUUGAGCUGCUAAAAACAGCUGAAAAGCACCUGGAAGCUGGGUUUGAAAGGCUGUACAGGUGGACGAAUAAGAAAUGCGCAGAAGUAGAUGAAGAUCCAAGCAGUAUGUUGCAUCGAGCUAUUACCUUGCUUAAUGAUCGUGAAGAGUUUUAUAAUAACUGCAAAGAAAGUUUGACAUCGUCGCGGCGGUUGUUGAUAGUACGUCGCUUUAUCAUGGCGUUAACGGUAGGCGGGCCAAAUGGAAUACCACGGCCUAUCGAGUUGCACGCACACGACCCAGAGCGGUACUGCGGUGAUAUGCUGGCGUGGAUCCACCAGGCCAUUGCGACAGAGAACGAAUUCUUUCGCGUGCUCUUUAAUGACGAUGUGGACUUCAGUCCUUCUGCUGCUACUGAUCUCUUGCAAACAAGCGAGGCAAGUAGGAGAAACAUGCUUGACGGUUGUUUGCUACAGAUAGACAAACCGCAGGGACAUAUCGAUGGCGUGAUCGAAGAGAUUUGCACGUCUAUGGUUGGACAUGCGAUUGAUGGUGUAUCACGGCCACUACAAGUGAGGGUGGAGCAAACGCUUAGCUCUCCCCACGGCAUCGUGACCGCCUACAAGUUGUGUUGUCGUGAGGCCGCACAUGAAGCGUUUUGUCACCAGUUACAGCAACUUGUGGAUGCUGUUGCAGCUUCGUCUCAGGACUAUACCGUGAGCCUUGCAGCCACACACGUUACACUGGAUGUUUCACACCGUUUAGUAGCACUGCUCGAAGUGUUUCAAACGUCGCUGCUAGCCGAGCGAGAAAAGGAAGCUGACUUAGCACCUGUGUUCGAUGGAGUUUUGUCAGCAGUGGAGCUCAUGUCAGCGCAGCGUGGCAGCUGUCUGCAUACACCUCUGACACGAUUUCCUGAAGCGACGAAGUGGUGUACUAAGAUGGGCCACGAUUUGGAGCGUUGGCUACGAGAUUUGAGCGAAUUGCAAGCCUCGUGCGUGAUGGAUCAAUGCCACGUGGCCGCGCUUCUACAAUGCAUUCAAGAUUUUCAGCAACGCCAUGCAUCCAUAGCGAUGGACUCUGGCACGUCGCCAGCAAAUGCACCAGGUCUUGAUGGGGAGACAAUUACACGAGCAAUGGCAGAUUUCUGCACAUCCCUCACGACAUUGAUAUUCCCUCAGCUUGAUAGCUUAGCACAACCUGCGCUUUCAGACAAGGCCCGCGCACUAUCGUCUGCGACGCUUGCCGGCACGUAUGCGUUCAUCUACGAGUUCGUGUACGACGUGAGAAACGGAUAUAUCCCAAGUCAUGAGCCGAUCUCUUUAUCUGCUUCGGGUGAACGGAACCGUCGUGUUGUGCUGGAACACACGCCUGAAGAAAUCCGUACUGUGCUCGAAAUCGAUGGAGAAUUGGGCGAAAAGGUAAGAAGAUCCUUCCUCGUCGUCUCCUUCGCUAUCAUCUGA